AUGGCAUCAGGUCUAUUCUUCGACCCCUUAACACUCCUGCGUGUCGCACCACUAGUCACAUCAACAGCCUCCAUCGUCAUCGCAGGCGACUCGCACAUCUUCCUCAGCGCCCUCGUCUCGCUUAAACAACAACGAGGAAAAGUCAACGAGGUCGCACCGCGCUACUUCGAGACAUUCUUCUGGAACGCGUUGCCCUCCAUCUUCAUCACAUAUGGCUUGUCUGUUACUUUCGGUCUCGUCAACUCUUACUCGAGAUUUCACGCUGCUUCUUGGAACUGGUACGCGGCCGGCUCGACUCUAGCUUUUGCUCAUUUCGCUUUCGUGCCGAAGAUUAUGUGGAAGGUCAAGGACGCUAUCGAUGCGAAGGAAGAUCCUAACGGUGGAGGUGUUAAUGCUAUUCAGAGCUGGCUGGAUGUGCACCACGUGAGGACUGCUAUGGUUGAUAUUCCGGCGUGGGCAUGUUUCCUCGUCGCUACGGUGAAGGCUCUUAAGUCAAUUUAG